UGUGAUUUAGGUUUGCUGUGCACUUGGUUCACAGUCACUGCUGGUGUGAUCACGUGACUGUGUUUCCCAUGCUGGAUCCGGUAACUAUAAAGCAGCGUGUAAGGAAAUAAAAUGGCCCAGGCAACUUUCCAUGCUCCAAGAAGGAAAAGGAAAGUGUAUGAAUCCUAUGAAUCUCCUUUUCCUAUCCCCUUGUCACAUGAUCUCUACAUGAAGGAUUUCAAGAUCUGCCAGGCUGAAAUCAUUAAUAAUUUUGUAAUAGUGAGAAGCACAGAGGAUAUUGAGUUGCUGUAUGGAAAGGGAUAUUUUGGUAAAGGUAUUUUAUCUAGAAGCAGACCUGGAUAUUAUAUUGCGGAACAGCAUCUGACAGAAAAAUGGAGAGCAUCUAAACUAAAUCUUCCCGUUAUUUCAUCUACAAAAUACCAGCGUCAUGUAGAAUGGGCUAAAGGUCUUUUGGAAGAACAAGGAUUUGACCACUGCUCAGUUGAUAAAAUACUGGAGGAUUAUACAAGGCCAAUCAAUUUAUCUUCAGAGGAAGACAAUGUCCAUGAAAACCCUUCUAAUGAAUCUAUAACAGAUGUGAAACCAGAUGAGAUAAAAGGAGCAGAAAGCUUUGAUACCAACGAAACUGACCAGAUGAUUCUAGAGGGGAAUCCAGAAUAUGAUCCACUUGCGAAAUACGGUUCAGAUACACAGGAUAUGAAAGAGAUGUGUGAAGAACUUGACAAAGAGACUUUAGAAAAAAUGCAUUGUCACAAACAUGACGAUUUUAUUGUACACUGCGGAUGUAAACCAGAAAAACUGAAUCUACAAAAAGACUCUGAAGCAGUUGGCAUAACAGAUGAAAGCCAUGAGUAUGUACUUGUGCAAGAGGAAGACCGCGAUGCUGAGAUGGAAGAUAACGACACUGAGACAAGUGUUGUCGGAAAAGAAAAGUUAGUGUGCCGACAGAAUCCUUUUAAAAUAUUUGAAUAUUUACAACUAAGUCGAGAAGAGGCUUUUUUCUUGGUAUAUGCUUUAGGUUGCCUUACAGUUAAUUACAACAAGGAACCAUUAACUAUAUUGAAACUUUGGGAAGUAUUUAGCGCCAUACAGCCAAAUUUCCAGACCACCUAUAUAGCUUAUCAUCACUUCCGAAGCAAAGGAUGGGUACCAAAAGCUGGUCUGAAGUAUGGAACAGAUCUUUUGUUGUACCGUAAAGGCCCUCCUUUUUACCAUGCAAGCUACUCUGUAAUUGUUGAAUUGGUGAAUGAUAAGUUUGAAGGUUUUCCACUCCGACCUCUAACUUGGAAGUCUUUGGCUGGACUUAACAGAACCACGGUUAAUGUUUCCAAGGAGCUUCUGUUUUGUUAUCUAAUCAAACCUCCCAACUUCACAGAAAAGGAUAUGACGUCCCCAGAGUGUGUCAAAGAAAUCAAAGUUCAGGAGUUGAUUGCGAGCCGCUGGGUUUCUUCCCGAGAAAGAAUGGAACAGGAUGAACUAUAAGAUGAUGAAUAAGCGCCAGUCGUAGAAGCGAAACGCAUAAGAUGUCCGUGUACAAGUAGUCACAUGUUUUUAAAGCAUUUUUGAACAAAGGACUUUUAUUUUUCAACUGUUGAGUGCAGCGGCUUUUUUGGUUUCUGCACUAUAAGA